AUGGAUCAAGUCGAGAUCAACUACAACGCAUGGGACUCGCUUGCUGCACUUGGAACAAAUGGGACUGUUGGAUCCAGUCCACUCAUCAUCAAAUCCAAGAAUGAUGUUGGCUCAAACCCAACAAUCACUGGUUCAUACAAUCCUUUCAAGAAAACUAUCCAGAUCAAUGGUAUCAAUGUUUCUACAAAUCAUCUCAAAAGACCUGAUCAACUUGACAAACUCACAUACUUGGUUUGA